AGCAAAAGCAAGUCCGUCUUUCGAUUUCCCUGGAUAUGCCUCGUCAACGUUCCGAAAGUAGAUCCUCAGGAUCGGUGCGCCGACAGAGCAGUCGGAGCAGCCAUGUCUUCGCCACAAAGCCAUCUCGUGGUAGCAGCAAGGAUCUUCCGGCGGUGCAGCAGCCCAAAAAGGAGACCCUGCCAGCAGCUGCUCCUGCUGCUCCUGCGGCGGAGGCCAAGGGUCCUACAACGGGAGAGCGGUUCAAGGACAUGGCCACCACGGCGGCUGGAGUAGCAGCGGGAUCCGCCGUAGGCCAUGCUGUGGGCGCAGGACUCACCGGGAUGUUCCAAGGACGUGGCCAGUCUGCUCCUGCUAAGGAGGAAACUCGACAGGAAGAAUCUGUGGGAGCUGCAGCUUCAGCCGCAUCAGUCGCCUCACAUAAAACACAGCUGGUGGAGGAUGGCCCCUGUGCCUUCGAACUGAGGCAGUUCCUCAAGUGCACCGAGGAAAACUCCAAUGACAUCUCCGUCUGCAAGGACUUUAACGAGGCAAUGCAGCAGUGCCGUCGGCGCUACAAUGUCUGAGACUAUAAGAAAAUCCCUACCGGAAGAGGCUAACGGAUAAGAUUUCCUUCCCAUAUUUCAAAUAGAUUGCCCAAAUAAAAACAUGUUCAUUCUUUUUUGGA